AUGUGGGGGUGUCAUUUCAGUGCAUUGAAGCGUCAGAAGGCACUCAUCGGUCGUUACAACUCAAACAUAGGAUUCAUCCCCUCAACCCAUCUGAAUUUGCCGCUGAUUCGUCCACUCUUGAAGGAACUUUGCUACUACUGUAGUUUCGGACCUAAAACGUGCGCAGCCACGCACGCACGCACGCGUGCCAUCGCAUCNCGCGCGCGAGCCGAAGACCAUACUCUAGCCGAUGUGUCAAAAUUAUGGGGAUCAGGUACCUCACUUUCACCUGGCCCCCAUAAUUUUGACACAUCGGGACUGGGAAUCGGUUCUCUGAUGCAUAUCCCGGCUAACAUACCGGGCACUUCGAACGAAAAAGGCCAGGUGAAUUACAAUGUUGAUUACAUAAGUAAUGCAGCGUAUGAGAAGGCAACUGAAGAACUGAAUAAUCAGAUGGGUAAUGGACGGAAACGAAAGAAGAAUCAGUCUGCGUCGUCACCUAAAUCUCUCACUCAGCAACCUCGAAAGAAACAAUGUAACAGCAAUGACAGCAACUCAUCAUCGUUGGCACUCAAACCGAAAUACCCUUGGGACUCUUGGAAUUUUGACAGUUUGUUUGGUUAUGCACGUGUCGCUGCGAAUGCAUCACGGAAAUCGAACGCACGAAAUUACAACUUUGAUGAGAAAUUGCCUGUGGCUUGUGGAGGAUUUAGACUGUUGGUUCGUAUAUGUCCCGACGCAUUCAUCAAAUCGUUUCGCUCACGAAUUAAUGAAGAUGAAGUGGUUCGCGGUGAGACAGAUGAUGAAACCACAUUUGACGUACAACUUCUGAGACAUGCCUGGAACAGACUGAGUGAGAGUGAACGGUUGAGAUGGGAGAUGGAGGCACGCAAGGAGGUGAAGGAAGCCGAAAAGGUGGCGGGGUGCGAGAGAGGGCUGUGUCCAGAGAAACCGGAUCAGAAUGAUGCGAGCAUUCGUCAUAGAACCGACGACGUGAACGAAGUUGAAGGUGCAGUUCGUGAUAUUACUGGAGAAGUUAAACAAGGCAGUGAACAAUGUAACAUGGAUGUGAUGGAUAGUGUGAGCAAAGAUGAUGAACCAGUAGCAGAUGGAAGUCAUGCAGUGAAAACAUCAAUGCCAUCAUGCGAAAUACGCUUCCAUUCGUCUCGUGCAAUCAGUGAUUCGGAAGCGUAUAACAAGCUGAAUUUCGGUGUAUUCAGAUGUCAUUUAUGUCCUCAAAAAGUCACUUUGGCUGGAGCAGACGCCUUUCAGUUACAUCUGAUCCAAAAUCAUCACAGUGCACGUUUCUACGCAUGUCAUUUGUGUUUCGAGGCAUUCUCAUCGUUGGAAUUCUUGAAGAAACAUCCAUGCCAAGAGUUUGCUUCAUACACAGUUGGCUUAUUAACGGCAAAUAAACAGUUUGCGAUGAAGUUUGUGAUGCAUACACUGGUUUGUGCUGAAUGUAAUUUACAAAUGCCGUUGCCAGCCAAUCGUCAAGUUUCAUCAACAAAGAGAUUAGCCUCGUUAAUGAAAGUUCACAAUUGUGAUAAUCUCGUCUCUUGUUUGGUCUACUUUGCGGAACAACCGAAUGGCGUUGUGCAUGUGACGAUCCGUGGUUUGCCUCUGAAACGCUCCAUACCCAUUUCGUGUUCAGUUUGUAAUCAGCAAUUCACAACUGUCUCUGAUAUUGAACAGCAUGGAGCUGAUCAUGGAUUACCGAAACUCAAGUGUCAUUUAUGCCCUAGAUUCUUCUUCUCAGAUUUAUUGUACAGAGAACACUUAUUAACACAUCUCGGCGAUAAUCAGUACUCGAUGAUACCAGUGAUCGGCAGUUCUACUUUGACACCUCCUUCGUGGAUGCACAAUGACGUCGCAAGAAUGGGAUGUGAAAUGGACCGUGUCCUUGGACCGUACUGUGAAUUGUCUGUGCCAAAUCGUGUCAAUGAGGAGGUGUCGAGUGAUGAAGAUGUGAUCAAUACUCGCGAUACGGUCAAGAAGAAACGCCUCGAGAAGAAAGCGUUGGACGGCGAUAAAAACAAGAGGAAAAAAAUGAACGCGAAUUUCGCUAAAAAGAAGAAAUCCGGUGAGGGUGACCGAUGCAUUCACUGUCGACAGUUGGAAAGGAUCGAUGAUACUGGUGUUGAUAGUAGUAUAGCAGCGGGCAAUAUUGACAGAGCACAACGUAACGCCAUUAUCAGGUUCAAGUCGGGCUGCAAACCCACCGAUCUGUGCACGUGUGUUUCGUGGUUGGAUCGCUCAUCACAGCUCGCGCUUCAGAUGCCGCAAGUUUCGUUCGGCGACAAUAAUUCUUUCAUUAAUUCGUUAACACAAAAAUUCACACCGAUUGGUCAUUUGUAUGUGGGCAGUUGUUUUGCACCAAUUCACGACACCAUCAAAGGAGCGAUCAUCACUGACUGCGUAUAUAUGUGCAUGACAUGUCAUAUGCUGCGUUUGGGUAAGAAGAGCGCACUGAUGCAUAUCAGAGUGUGUCUGCAGAAGAAUUUAGUGCAUCGAGAUCCGCAGAAAACGAUCGAUUUUAAUGAUGAGAAUAUUGUGAUGCGCUUGACAUAUGCUCAAUCAACGCCCAACACAAGAGUUUCGUGUCCAAAAUGUGCGAAUACAUGCUGCUCGAUAGUGUCACUGCGAAGACAUCUUGCAUUAGAUCACGGCAUCUUUGCACCGUUCAGUCCUCCAGAAGCAAAUAAAGAUAUUGGUAUUAUUGAGUGGACGGGGGCGGUUAGGAAAGUGGCAACGUUGACAGAAGUGACGAAUGUCAAAUUGAAUCUAACAAGAGAUGGUGACUUCAAAAUGCCUUCACCGCAGCGAUAUCGUACACUUUAUAGCAGUGGUCCGAUAAUCCAGCAAUCGAGUUCGUCGUCAGUUUGUGCCGGCUCAUCUUCACGCAUUGUUGAGGUGGAUGAACGUACUGGUGAGAUAAGAAACGGUAUUAAUGUGGUGACCAACAUUCAACCACAAGAUCAAACAACAGUCAGAUGUGAAAUCUGCGGUGUCAAUCAACCAUCAAUACUCGAGUUUGCGAAUCAUUUAGUGGCAAAUCAUUUGUUCUAUUGUGAGAUGUGUGGAGAGGCGUUCAGUGAGAAGACACCAUUGAAUCUGCAUAAAGCAACUUGUCCUCCGUGGGCACAUAAAACGAAUGAUGGUGAACAUUUACCGUUUUGUCCGUUUUGCCAUUUCAUCUUCUCCACUCCCGGACGAUACUAUAAGCACAUUGCACAUAUGCAUUUGGAGCAUGUGAAACUGGAUCGCGAAACGCACAAGGUGCAUUCAAUUCGUCUGUUUGUCAAAAUUCAUGAAUUUCAUAAGCCAUUAGAAGAAAGCAUUACUUCAUAA